CUUUCCCUCAUCCACACCAACCGGUCGCCCGAAUCUCGAGCGCCACUCAUGGCCUCCUCCGCCUUGUCCGGCACCCACCAUCGCCUCCUCCCCUGUUUCCUGCGCCGCCUCCCCCGGCCCCGCACGCGCUCGUGCUCCCGCCUCCGCCUCGCCGCCUGCCAUGCCGACACCCUCCUUUCCUCCUCCGGGACCCAGAGGCCUCCCGCCCCCGCGGCGUGCUCGUCCGCAUCCUCCGCUGGCGGGUUCUCUGACUGGCUACUCACGAAUGGGCUGCCGCCGGGCAAGGUGGCCAUCCUGGAGCGCCCCGUCCCGUGCUCUCGCGGGGGCAAAGACCGGCCAUUACACUUCGUCGCUGCUGGGCAGGACCUCGAGGCGGGGGAUGUGGCGUUCGAGGUGCCCAUGUCGCUCGUUGUCACGCUGGAGCGGGUUCUCGGCGACGAGUCGGUUGCUGAAUUGUUAACAACAAACAAAUUGUCUGAGCUGGCAUGCUUGGCAUUGUAUCUCAUGUAUGAGAAGAAGCAAGGAAGAGAUUCACUUUGGUACCCGUAUAUUAAAGAACUUGAUCGUCAGCGAGGCAGGGGGCAACUAGCUGUUGAAUCACCUCUUUUAUGGACUGAAAGUGAACUGGAUUACCUGAAUGGCAGCCCCAUGAGGGAUGAAGUUGUUGUUAGAGAUGAGGGAAUAAGAAGAGAGUAUAAUGAGCUUGAUACAUUGUGGUUCAUGGCAGGUUCAUUGUUUAAGCAAUACCCUUUUGAUGUACCUACUGAGGCGUUUCCGUUUGAGAUCUUCAAGCAGGCAUUUGUUGCAGUACAGUCUUGUGUGGUUCAUUUGCAGAAGGUUAGUUUAGCUCGAAGAUUUGCACUAGUUCCCUUGGGCCCACCACUGUUGACGUACAAGAGCAACUGCAAAGCAAUGCUGACUGCUGUUGAUGGUUCUGUUCGAUUGCUGGUCGAUCGGCCGUACAAAGCAGGAGAACCGAUAAUUGUUUGGUGUGGGCCUCAACCAAACUCCAGGUUGCUUCUCAAUUAUGGUUUUGUUGAUGAAGACAAUCCAUAUGAUCGCAUAGCAAUCGAGGCAUCCCUAAACACUGAAGAUCCUCAAUACCAAGAGAAGAGAAUGGUCGCUCAAAGAAAUGGAAAGCUUGCUAUCCAAAAAUUCCAAGUCUGUGUAGGCAAAGAGAAGGAAACUAUUUCUGAAAUGCUGCCAUACUUGAGACUAGGAUACAUUUCAGAUCCAGAUGAAAUGCAAUGUAUACUUUCGUCAGAAGGUGAUACAUGUCCAGUUAGUCCAUGCUCAGAGCGAGCUGUACUUGACCAACUUGUUGUCUACCUGAAAUCAAGAUUGGCUGGUUAUCCGACUACUUUGGACGAGGACGAAGCAAUGUUGGCCGAUGGCAGUUUGGAACCAAAGAAAGAAGUUGCUACUAGACUUGUAAGGUUAGAGAAGAAAAUGCUGCAUGGCUGUCUUCAGGCUGCUAACGAGUUCAUAAGUGGCUUGCCUGAUCAUACCGUAUCACCUUGCCCUGCUCUAUAUGCUCCUGAAUUGAAAUAAGGAAACCUGUUCGAGUGUAACAAGGAUAUUGUCGAUCUCCAGUAGAUCUGCAAACAGUUUUAUUGCACACAAGUGUGCAUUGAUUUGUUUCCCCAGCCGUGUAGAUUC